AAAUAGUCCACUUUUUCCCGAUGCGACGCAUUUCCCAUGCGAUAUGCGCGAAAUGAAGUAUGCAUACUGUACAUGUAGCUGAAUCAGACUAUACGAGAUACGCACUGCACGCGGGUAGCCCGGAAAAAAUCCCACAACACCAUGUUGCCUCGUACCUUGCAGCGGCAGCUGAAAUAAAAGCGGAUGCAGUGGGCGGAAGAAGAAGCUCAUUCGCUUCACUGUCUCCCCGAGGAAAGGUUACACUGCGUCGGCUGUCCUUGGCUACCGGUGAAGAAUAUUUUGUUGAACUGUCUUUGAAGAGAAGUCGUUUGCUGUUUCCAGUCGUCUAAGCUCUGUGUACGUUUGGAGUGGCUCUUUGCGAGCGGUGUUUCAUAGCGAUGGAAAUGACUACGGCAUUUACGUUCUCCUGGGUCCUGAUUGCCUUCAUUGCCUUCUCAUCCAGGGGAGAUGCCUACAUCUACAAACGCCCCAGUACAGAUUGCAUUGUGCCUCGCUUUCCUAAUGCUAAUCACCCCGCCGAAAGAAUUCCCUUGUCUUCACUGGUGGUAUACACAUGCUCUCCCGGUUUUGAGGCUGGACCCGAUACCUCGCUGGAGUAUCGAUGUGGUGGAAACAACGCUUUUCGAGAUGAAUACUUUAGACCUUUUUACUCCCAUCGUCCAAAAUGUAUUCCCAUCACAUCCUGCACAGUACCAAAUAUCCCGAAUGGAAGGAAAGAGAAAGCCCAUGUUUCCAUCUCACAAUCUGUUCGCUAUUCAUGUGAAAUGGGGUUCAAACUUGUUGGAGACGCAACGCCAGUCUGCGAAACUUCUGGGAAGUUCAAUUCCAUUCCUACUUGUCAGCGCAUCACCUGCUCCGUGCCAUUAAUUGAGAAUGGAGCAAGGCAACAGGACAGGGUGCCUUACCCUCGAUCAGCGCAGUACACAUGCUCUGCGGGUUUCGAGCUUCGUGAAGCACAGCCAAGGUGUAUGGUUAACGGCCAUCUCAGUUCAGUGCCAACGUGUAAAGCCAUCCCAUCCUGCACAGCACCAAAUAUCCUGAAUGGAAAAAAAGAAAAGGCCCGUGUGUACAUCAAGGAAUCUGUUCGCUAUUCAUGCAAAAAGGGAUACAACAUCGUUGGCGACGCAACGCCAGUCUGCGAAGCUUCUGAAAAGUUCAGUUCCACUCCUACUUGUCAGCGAAUCGGUCCGGAGUUCAGCAACAUAGAGAGCACUUGUCGGACAGGACAGAAGCUCCAUUACCUGGCUAAUGAUCAAGGGAAACAUGGUCGCAACAGCAAGGAGGCUGAGCAAGCAUGCCAGAAUAGGGAGACUGAAGUGCCAGGAGCGCAACUCAAGGACUGCGUGAAUAAGAUGAUUCACUCUCUUCUUAGGACCAGAUGCAAAAAGUUGCUUCCCGGUCUACCCCCAGCUAUUAUCAAUUUUUGUGUGUUUCUCGGGGUGCGUGGAAAUCCUCCAUUGGCCUGGGUUAGAUUCCACACAUGGAGAGGGUCCGUCCUUGCCCUUGCCAAUAAUGGAGAAUCAUACUCGCUCACCCAGAAGUAUCUUCCGUUUACCAUCUGUAAAUCGGGCUGAGUGGAAGCCGUGAUUGUUUGCAUGGAAUUCCGCAUGCAAUGCAUGGUAUUCAGUCCCCCAAUUCUGCAUGUUUUCCUUUGUGCACUAAUGUUUUAAAAGUCUAUAAUUAUGUCGCUUACUAGUACAUGAAUUGUCUCUGCCAAUUACACGUGCAGCUGCUGCCGCUUGCUAAUGUAGCUGAUGUUGCGUUGCAGUCAUACCUGAUCAGCUCACAUUGAGCAGGCAAUGAGACUGCUCACAUUGAGCAGGCAAUGAGACUGCUCACAUUGAGCAGGCAAUGAGACACCCUACAUAAUAAUACUGUGUCAUGCUGUGCCCUGCAUGAGCGCAUUCAUACCCGUAUUCAAUGUGUCGCUUACGUCAAGUGCAUUUCCCCAUCGGCGUUACGAAGACCGGUACAUAAAGCUCUCAAGAGUGUGCAGCUCUGCAUACAGCCUACAGUACAGGGUCUCCCACGGC